CGAUUAACUUGUUUAAUUAUUAUCGAGUAUUUAAUAUUUUCUUUGUUUCUAUAUCGAGCCUUUACACGCGAUGCGUUUCAUCAUAAAUCGACCAGAGCUCAAGAGGGCAGUAGAAGAUAGCGACGUUAAUGCUGCUGGUACUAAUCAACAGGCAGUACACCUGUUGCCGUGUAAGAUCCACACCCGCAAACCAGAUGAUGACUGCCAGACACUGACAGCUCUGGUCGACCGAUACUUUAGUCCAUACACCAAAGUCGCAGAGGAUGAUGAAUCUGCGUUGUGGCACGCAUCAUUGCGUGGAAAGCCUUUGACAGGUGUCAAACUCAGUAUGCCCGUUGGUUAUGUUGGUGUAUUGUGUGUUGGCGAGGAUGAUGAUGGCAGUCGUAAUACAGUCGAUGAUUCUAUAGCUGCAGAAGAGUCAGUUACUGGGGAGGUAACUGAGCAGCUGAUGUACUGGAAUUGGGACCGAAUUCCAACACGUGAAGACCCGCUUCUGUCAGCACUUGACUGGGUUCGGGUAUCUGAGGCCAUCAUGACCAACAACGACUGAUAAUCAUUAUUUUAUAUGAUUCUGCAAUAAUGCUUGUAUUUCCUUAUUUGAUUUAUUUUUCAUUACAAAGAUGCAUUUGAUUCUAAUUUUUAAAUGUUUUUCAUUAAUAUUUAAUAUUGUAAAUUGUAUAAAGUUAAAUUUAUAUGGCUAAGUACCUAUAUAAUUAUACAUUAUUAAGUAUUUAUUUAUAUCAGCAAACUAUAUUCCUCUUAUUUAUCUAAUAAAGUUUUAAGAAUACACACUUUGAAUGAUUUACGUUUCAAUAAUAAAACAUAAUUUAUUUAUAAAAAUAAA